AUGGUCUCCGGCCCCCAGACUCCCGCAUCCACCCGCACGCAAUGGAUCGUCUACGCCGUUGCGAGCGGCGCCUGCGCGGCAUUCAACGGCGUCUUUGCAAAGCUUACAACCACGGAACUCACGUCCACCCUGGCCCAUAAGCUGGCCACCGUCUUGUCGCUCUCCUCGCACGAGAACAUUGUAGAAGUUGCUGUCCGCGCCAUCUUCUUCGGUCUGAACCUCGCAUUCAACGGCAUUAUGUGGACGCUCUUCACCCAGGCCCUUGCAAAGGGGACGUCCACCACACAAGUCAGCAUCAUCAACACGUCUACCAACUUCAUGCUCACUGCGCUGCUGGGGCUGUUUAUUUUCGCAGAGGCCUUGCCCCCGCUCUGGUGGGCGGGCGCGUCGCUGCUGGUCGCUGGGAACGUGAUUGUCGGCAGGAAGGACGAGGACAGGGGCGAGGACACGCCCGGCGAGGUUGGGCCGGAGGAGCGGAGCGACGAGGCGAUUCCGCUUUUGAAAGAGGACGGCGAUGAGGAUGAGGACGUGGCUGAUUUGGGGGACUUGUCUAGGUAG